AUGCCGGACCCGCAAGACCCACCUAACGCAACAGCCACGGAGGCGCAAAUACAUCGAGUGGCGCUGAAAAUACCACCAUUCUGGUCAGACGAACCGGAACUAUGGUUCGCGCAGCUGGAAAGCCAGUUCACACUGGGCGAGAUCGUGCAAGAUGGCACAAAGUAUGCCUACGUAUUAUCGCACGUAGAAACGAGACACGCGAAAGAAAUCAAAGAUUUGAUUACUAACCCUCCGGUGCGAGACAAAUAUGAGAGUAUCAAGAAGGCUCUCAUCCAACGACUCUCAGUGUCACAAGAACAACAGAUCCGACAAUUACUAGAGCACGAAGAGAUGGGCGACCGAAGACCAUCACAAUUCCUGCGGCACCUGCAAGCUUUGGCGAGCUCCGCUAUCCCAGAACAAUUGCUGAGGACAUUGUGGAUGGGACGAUUACCGGCACAGCUACAGGCUAUCCUGGCCACACGCAACGGAGACAAUCUCGAUGAAGUCGCUGAACAAGCGGACAGGAUACACGAAGUGACAUGUAGGGCAGUAGCGGUGGCCAGCAUACAACCAGCUACCGCAAAACCCGCUGCUAACAAGACGACACUAGUAGG